CUAUGCUACUAGGAGACGGGACUAACCUCCCUGUAGCUAGGAUAUUCCCGUUUGUCGAGGGGAUGCUAGUAGUGGUUAAUGAGAACAAGUAUAUGGGUCUUAAGGUCGUGAACGGCGCAGAGUUUACGGCCGUGAAAGUCCUUUAUCCGCCCGGGUUGGAAGAAAUCUAUAUAAGCGAUAAGCUCUUAAUAGUCCUCGGGCCCCCAAGCGGCAUCGUCCUGCGGUCUAAGGAAACCGACGGCCUGGCAUUCCCUAACUUACCUCUAGGCACUGUGGUGCUCCCAGCCAAGAACGUCCGGAUAGAGAAGCAAUAUGUGAAGACAUUGCGACCGGGGAUGUCGAGUAAGACCAAGCUGGGGCUGAUUCGAACGGGACUGCCGUGCUCGCCAGCCUUCGCGCUGACAGACUUCAAGGCGCAAGGAAGGACGCUCGACAAGACUCUUUUGGGGCUGUACGGAACAAGGGGUACAAAGGGUAUAGGGGCGUCUGGCCGAACCAGCAAACGCAGUGCCAUAACCAUGUACGUACAGCUAUCGCGUGCUCGGCGUUUCGAUGACAUCGCCCUUAUCGAGCCGUUGAAUACGGCAGACUUCCUGGCAGCAACAAUGCCCAAGGACCAAAUAGAGGGCAUGAAAAGGCUUACGGCUCUGGCGGAGGAGACUGUCGCACGGUUCGAGGUAGCGGGGCGUCGGCAAGGCGAUCAUCACCCAGCCCCUCUCCAGUGACCAUGUCAGCGUCGGCGUCGGCAUCUUGGGCCACGCUCGAAUCCUUCAGCAUACACAUCGUAAGAGACGUCACAGGACCGCUGUAAGCUGCCUAUUAAGUAGUGUGCACUCCCCGGGUCUCGAAGGUACGAUGAAGCGACAAAAGCAGUAAUACUUCCGAUACCUGAUGGCCCAUAGACUAGAUAUCCCGCAUCAGUUGAGCCACAGAAGCAUAAGCCACCUCUAUACGCUACACGAGUGACUUAUACUGGAAGAGCAGCUGAGCCGCAGACAUCCGGGCAAACAUCGACGUCCGAUCGGAAAUACCCGCAUUCCCGAGCGCCCUGACCUCCGCCUCCCAGCGCUCGAACGAGGGAAAGCAUUCCCUGAGAGUCCCUGAUGGCUGGGCGACGGUAGGAGCAGCAGGCAGAGCACGCCGAUUAAAAGAAGAUGUUGGUAUUCCUUUCACAGGGAAUUUGGUUCGAACCGUAGGGUCCUGGGGUGACGA